AAUGAGUGGUUGCUGGUUAUCUAAGGGCAUGCGCGCCGCUUUGGAGUGGCAGGCGUCUCGACUCUACGCUCAGUCGUUGCCUUGUUCUUCUUUUAGCCGCUGGGUGGUAUUCCCCCCCCCCCCCGCCCUUUUGUGCAAUUAUUUUUUCGUUGCUGUGUUGCGAAGCAUGUCGUCUGCGAGUCCGGCUUUUUUGAUGCGGCUUAUGGCGUCGACCUUUUCCAUUGCGGAGAAGGCGCAGACCAUAGUUCAGCAGGUGAUGAGUGGAGGAGACCUGGGCAUUGUGGAGAAGACUGGAGCCAAUGAUCUACAAACAAAGGCUGAUCGAUUGGUGCAGAUAAGCAUCUGCUCGUCACUGGCCCGCAAAUUCCCCAAACUAACUAUAAUUGGAGAGGAGGAAUUGCCAUCCCAAGAUAUAGAUGAAAGUUUAAUUGAAGCUGGUCAAUCUGAAGAUGUAUUGAAGUACUCCUGUCCAACUCAAUAUAGCCACAUCAAGGAAGAUGAGAUUGUGGUUUGGGUCGAUCCACUUGAUGGCACAAAGGAAUACACCGAAGGUCUCUUGGAUCAUGUGACUGUGCUUAUUGGAAUUGCUUAUGACGGUAAAGCAAUAGCUGGUGUAAUCAAUCAGCCAUAUUACAAUUAUCAGGCUGGAGCUGGUGCUGUUCUUGGUCGGACCAUUUGGGGCAUUCUGAAUCUUGGAGUGUUUGGAAUUCAAUUGAAGGAAGUGCCAGAAGGGAAACAUAUCAUCACUACGACUCGUUCCCACAGCAGUAGGCUGGUAAAUGACUGCAUCUGUGCGAUGAAUGCUGAUGAAGUAAUAAGGGUUGGAGGAGCCGGCAACAAGGUACUUGCUGAGGCAACAUAAUACUUGAAUAACUUU